UUGUUCCUCGUUCAGAGUCAAUCUUUAAUCCUAUUCUUCCCUUCUCUUUCAAGGUCUGACAAAUGGCAGUGGUGAAUGUCGAUGCAGAGUACCUCAAAGAGAUUGAGAAGACUCGUAGGGACCUUCGAGCUCUCAUCUCUUCCCGAAACUGUGCUCCCAUUAUGCUCCGUCUCGCAUGGCAUGACGCGGGAACAUAUGAUGCCACAAAGAAAAGUGGAGGUCCCAAUGGUUCUAUCAGGUUCAAGGACGAGCUAAACCGCCCCCAUAACAAAGGUCUCGAGAAAGCGGUCGCCUUCUGCGAGGAAGUAAAAGCUAAGCAUCCACGAGUCUCUUACGCAGACCUUUACCAACUCGCAGGAGUUGUUGCAGUUGAAGUUACAGGUGGCCCUGCAAUCCAUUUUACUCCAGGCCGUAAGGAUGCUGAGUCAGCAGAUGAAGGAGAUCUUCCAGAUCCGAAUCAAGGUGCCUCACAUCUAAGAACUCUCUUCUCUCGUAUGGGUCUAACGGAUAACGACAUUGUAGCUCUCUCUGGCGGCCACACUUUGGGGCGUGCACAUAAGGAGAGAUCAGAUUUCGAAGGUCCUUGGACACGAGAUCCUCUCAAGUUUGACAACUCUUAUUUCGUAGAGCUUCUAAAUGGGGAAACUCCAGAACUGCUGCAACUGAAAACCGACAAGGCUCUACUCGGUGACCCCAAGUUCGAACCUUAUGUGAAGCUGUAUGCAAAGGACGAGGAUGCGUUCUUCAGAGAUUACGCAAUCUCACACAAGAAACUCUCAGAACUAGGAUGCAAUCUGCCAAGAAAAACUCUUCCAACAGUAACGCAGCAGGCGGUUGGAAUCGCUGUUGCUGCAGCUGCUGUCAUCUUUACCAUAUGCUAUGAAGUAAGGAGACUAGGCAAGUGAUGAAGUUUCACAGAUGCGCAAAAAAAAGGCUAACAGAGAAUACUUUACAAAAUGUUAAAUUGAAUGAAAUGCAAUAAAUAAAAAUGAUUCAUGACA